CAAAUAAUUCUUUUGUCUUUUAUAAAAAAAAAAAGUUAUAAUCAAAUGCCUUUGAAAGACAACAAUUCAGAAUCUGAAGACAUUCUUUCAGAUAUUCCAGAAAGUUCUGAUAACUUUCAUGUAGUUCCUUCGGGUGAAGAAGAAGAGGAGGAGGAGGAGCUCUUUGAUAGAAUACCUAAAAUAAAUGUCAUGAAUGAAAACAAUUAUAUACCUGAGAUUUCGGACAUGAUUAAUCAGCAAGGAAGACAGCAACCAUCUCAACCAGUUGUAAACUUUUUUACAAAAAUAUUAAAAACAUUAUUGUUACCUAUUUGUAAAAUACUUUUUGCUCCAGCAGCACAGAGAACAUUUGUCAAGACAACCGUCUUAUUUGUUAGUAUAUCUUGGAUUAUCGUGACUAGUUUAAUAGCCUAUGUCAUGUUUUAUCAACAAUAUAUACCUCCCAUUAUGCAUGUACAACCUAUUUGGUUUAAUUAUCAGAAAGCACAAGGUCCAACUGCUAUAGUAAAUCUUAUUGAUUCUAAUAAAAGGCAUUUGAGACACGAACAAGUAUAUGAUAUUUCUGUACAAUUGAAUGUACCUACUUCAGAUAUCAAUUUUGAUAUUGGUAAUUUUAUGGUUCAAAUUCAAUUAUAUAGUAAAGAUGGCAAUGUUGUAUUGGAGUCCAGUCGACCCAGUAUUUUACGUUAUCAAUCAAGAACACAAAGAAUUAUGCGAGUAUUUGCAAAAGCAAUUCCGCUUCUUAUAGGCUUAAGUGAAGAGAGUCAAGUUUUAAAUAUUAAAUUAGUAGAUGAUUUCAUGGAGUUAAAAUCUCAAGCCUUGAACAAAGUAUCAGUUUCGAUCUCUGAUCCAAGGAUACAAAUCUAUGAUGCAAAGUUAUUUAUUUUAGCCAAUUUCAAAGGACUUCGAUAUUACAUGUACUUUUACAGAAUUUCAGCUGCUGUCAUAUUUAUGUGUAUGUUUGCAAGUAUUGAAUUCAUAUGUGCAGCAAUUGCAUGGAAAACGUUUGGAGAGUCAAUGUGGUAUAAACUAUCACAGUUUAUUCCUGAAAUUGAAAAGCAACAACAACCAGUUACUUUUAAUGCUAAUGAAGAUAAUGAAUCUACUCCUAAUAUACUAAAUUCCUCUACUACAAAUGAUACAAGUAGUAGUGAUAAAUCUGGAUAAUAAAAGAAAAAAAAAGCUCUUUUGUUAUCUUCA